AAAGCCUUAUUCUCUCUCUCUCUCUCUCUCUCUUUUUAAAAUACACCCUGUGGUUUUCUUUACACUUUGCUCGCUCUCUGCCUGUGCGUCCGUCUUCCUUAUCGUGCGUGCGUGCGUGCGCUUCUUCUCGAGCAAUCUCUUCCUCUUACCGACGAUCUCAUCACUUGUUUGCUUGGCUUUUAUGUCAGUAACACGUGUUUCCUGGUUUACUGAAUUUUUACCCAAGGCAAUCAUGAGUGACGAAGGAGAAAGGACUUGUCCUCUCUGUGCUGAAGAGAUGGAUUUGACAGAUCAGCAGUUGAAACCAUGCAAAUGUGGUUAUGAGAUAUGUGUCUGGUGUUGGCAUCACAUACUGGAAAUGGCUGAGAAGGAUGACACAGAGGGACGAUGUCCUGCAUGUCGUUCUCCAUAUGAUAAGGAAAAGAUUGUUGGGAUGGCUGCAAACUGUGAGAGAUUGGUGGCUGAAGUUCAUAUGGAAAAAAAGAUGAAGAACCAGAAAGCAAAGUCAAAAUCUUCUGAAGCACGGAAGCAACUCAGUAGUGUGCGAGUAAUUCAGCGGAACCUGGUUUACAUAGUGGGAUUGCCUCUCAAUCUGGCAGACGAAGAUCUCCUCCAGCAGCGAGAAUAUUUUGGUCAGUAUGGGAAGGUCUUAAAAGUGUCAAUGUCUCGAACCACAGCUGGUGUUGUUCAGCAGUUUCCAAACAAUACAUGUAGUGUAUAUAUUACUUAUUCAAAAGAAGAAGAAGCAAUUCGAUGCAUUCAAAAUGUGCAUGGAUUCGUUUUGGAGGGUAGACCUUUAAGGGCUUGUUUUGGAACCACUAAAUAUUGUCAUGCAUGGCUCAGAAACAUGCCUUGCAGCAAUCCAGAUUGUCUAUAUCUGCAUGGGAUUGGCUCUCAUGAGGAUAGUUUCACAAAAGAUGAAAUAAUUUCAGCAUACACUAGAAGUCGUGUUCAACAAAUUACUGGUGCUGCAUACAAUAUGCAACGGCAAUCAGGGAAUGUAUUGCCUCCUCCAUUGGAUGAUUGCACGGAUAAUUCAUCAGGAAAAUCAAUUGUGAAAAAUUCAUCAAGUACCUCUGUUAGCAUUGUAAGAGGUUCACCUCCUAAUGGAACUUCUGGGAGACCUAUAGCUCUUUCUGCAGCUGCAGCAUGGGGUAUACGGGCUACAAAUUGUCAGCCAGCUGCUUGUGGUUUAUUAUGUCCAAAUGGACUGUCCAAGCUUAAACCUGAUACAAUCAGCAGCACCCUACCCUUUUCCUCUGCUGUUGCAUGCACUAUUCAGGCUUCAUUAAAUAGUGAUGUUACAAAGAGGCCACUGUCGAGUGAUGGGAGUCAUAGUAUGACACCUCAAGUAAAAAAUGAAUUAUUGAAACCUGUUAAACAAAAUAGAAGCAUGGAUAUCCUGGAUAGUGCUGAAGAAAGAACUUUGGCUUCUGAAGUUUCUCUUUCACCCAUGAAAUUGAACAAUCAGGUGUCUUCUCUACCAUUAGCCGGAUAUAGUGAUAGAGGCAGCUUUACUGCAACAAACACAACUAAUUCUAUUGACAUCACUCGACAACCAAGCAGCAUUGGUCCUGAGGAAGCAGUUAUUUCUACCAGUGAAGAGAUUGAGAAUUUUCCCCAGGAGUUGUCUUCUGUUCACAUUGAUAGAAAUUCCCAAAAUAAACAACAUUACAGCCUAUCCAAAACUAGCAGAUCACCUGAUAAUGUGUUGGUUAAAUCUAUGCAAUCUCAAGAAUCACAGUAUAAUACUGACAAAUUUAAAGAUGUACUAAUUAAAAAUGCAGACAGUAAAGCUGCUGCAUUAGAAAAUGAGGUUUGUAAUUUAAAGCAACAAUGUGAUUUGUCAUUGGAUUCUCAAUCUCAAUCUCAAGUAGUAUCAGCUAAUAUUGAAGUGGAAGAUGAUGUAACAACUUUUGAUAAUCAGAUACUUAAGGAUCCAGAAGUUGUUGGUUCUUAUUUGCCCGAAUCGGCCAGUUUCCUUAAUGUCUCAAAUCAUUCUAGUCCUCAUCUUCUGCAGUGUGGUGAACCAUGUAAUGUUGUAAAUGCUGGUUCUUUAGAUGCCAAUGAUAAAAUCAAGGAUAACUCAUUAUUACAUGCACAUAACUUUUGCAAUGAAUAUUCUGAUAAAUUGAUCAGCACCAGCUCUUAUGGGUUCCUCCAUGAUGCAAGAAAUGAGCAACGCAUUGGAAGAUUAGUUAGUGAUGCAGUUAAUAUUGGAAGUGACGCCGCUAUGGACAAGGGUGAAAGCAGUAUAAUUUCAAAUAUAUUAUCCAUGGAGUCUGAUGCCUGGGAUGACUCGCUAACAUCACAUGAGAGUUUGGCCAAGUUGUUGGGUGACAACACUGACAACCAGAAUGGUCCUUUAAAAAAAUCUAGUUCUUGGAAAGUUCAAAGUAACAAUCAAUCUAGAUUUUCUUUUGCAAGACAGGAGGAAUCCAAAUUCCAAGCUAAUGUACAUCCAUCUUCUGGUGCCAACCAGCAAUUUCCAAAGAAUGGUUCACUCAUCCAGGAUUUUGUGGAAAGAGACUUUUCUUUGGACAAGCUGGGUUUUGCAAAUGGCAUCCCCUCCAAUAACCUCGAGGAAUCUGGAAAUCUUGGUAGUGGCCAUUUUAUUGCUUCAAACAAUAAACUUUCAGCUGUUUCAAGAGCACAAAUUUCAGCACCACCAGGAUUUUCUGUUCCGAACAGGGCACCACCUCCUGGUUUUUCUUCCCUUGAGAGAAUGGGGCAGGCUUUUGACUCCCUCUCUGGGAAUUCAUUGCUCGACCCUUCUUUCUUACUGAGAAAUUCAUAUCAAACACCCUCAAAUGGAAAUAUUGGUGAUCCAGGAGACAUUGAAUUUAUGGAUCCUGCUAUUUUGGCAGUUGUUAAAGGGAGAAUUCAAGGUGCACAAAACAGCCCAGUGCUGGAUAUGCGAUCCAAUUACCCUGAACAGUUAAAUUACUUUGAAAAUGAGGCUAGAGUUCAAUUAUUGAUGCAAAGAUCUCUCUCACCACAUCAAAACCUUCGAUUUUCUGAAAUUGGGAAUUCCUUUUCUCAGUUUGGUGAUUCUUAUGGCAUUUCUUCAAGGUUAAAUCAAUCACAAGUUAGUAAUCUGGCUUCAUUUCCUCAGUUGUCUCUGCAGCAGCCUAGAAAUGCAAUCUUGUCAAAUGGCCAAUUGGAUGGGUGGAAUGAAGUGCCGAGUGGAAAUGGUCUGGGUGUGGCAGAGCUUUUGAGAAAUGAAAGACUUGGAUUUAACAAGUUUUAUAGAGGAUAUGAUGAUUCAAAAUAUCGAAUGCCGAAUUCUAUGGAUCUGUUCAACAGGGCAUUUGGGAUUUGAGAUUGUUGGGUAUAUUGGCCAUGGUAAAGCUAAGUCAGAAAUAUACAAACAGAAUUUUUCUGCAUUGUCGAAGGUGAUGGGGCUGGCUCAUGACAUAACCUGUCUAUUAGGCUAUGAAAUGAUGAAACUCUCAAGAAGGGCUAUAGCUGCAGCUGUUCUUGAUUUGCGGAAGCAAACCGCGUUGAGAUUUAAGCAAUCAAUCAUGGAUCUGAAAGUGGUCUAUUUGGCAGGUUAUAUCAGUUUUUUACAUUACGCAUUGGGAACAUUUUUUUGUCGGGUGGCACAUAGAAGAGAAAAGAAGGGAAGUUGCCGUGGAAAACAACUAUAACUACUGGAUACAAUGUAGAUAUAUAAUUACAAUUAUAAGAAUACCAUUGUUGAGUCGAAAACUUGUACAAUGACUUACAUAGUAAGUGCAGUAUUAUGCCGGUGAGAGUCCAAAAUACAGUUUGAUAAGUGCUAAAAGAUUCCAGUCUAACAAUUGCAUAAGAUUGGGCAGGUUAUGUGCCUGUCAAUCAAAAUGCUUAAACUUUAUUUGCACCAAAUUUUCUGCAGUCCAAAAUCAAGAAAGUCGGAUGAGUAUCCUCCCGGAAGUUGUUGUGCUUCAGUGUUUUGAAGGCUCAA